AAGUGGCUGACACGCGGCACGGGCAUCCCAUCGUCGUUCGUCCUGUCUGUCCAUCACGGCCAGGCACCUCGCAAACACCUGGGAUCCCUCCCUUCCUGGGCAGUCUUUAUCUGUGGUUAGGAGCGUCGAGAAACCCAAGAGCACACCGUGUUCAUCCCACGACCUCUUGGAGCAGCAUCCCCAACAGAUCGAACCGAUGACCCGUCCCAGAUAAUUCUCCUCACUCUCUUGAGCCCAAUCGCGGACGCGCGCCGCCAGCGAGGGCCUGUCACCACCACCACGACUGGCAGCCAGCCCGAACGAACAUUCAGUCCUCGAGCGGAAACGACAGGCAGACAUGUCGAAUCUCUCUUCGCGUGGUGUACGCUUUUCCAGCGGCGAGGCCGAGCCGAACGGUGACGAUCUUAAGAACCCCCUACCGACGGUGGUGCCCACAGAGUCCGCAGACUCGCCUCCCGAGUCGCAGAACGGCGAGGAGCUCCACGCCGGUGAACUCGACGAUGAGGUCGGAGAGCUGGGCUACUACUCGGACCCGGGCAACGGCCCGGUGGCGUCGUUGCCGCCGGGCACUAUUGUUAAUGGCAUAAGCAAGAGUCAGCGCAGCAGCGGUGGAGGCGACGAUGCUCCUUCGUCUCACGGCAACGCCGCUCGUCCCCAGCGGCCAAUGGGACCGACCAGGACACCUUCUAAUACAUACAAUCCUGCGACGUCCCGAAAGCCUGGGAUGCCACCGACGACACCGUCCUUUGUCGAGACGAUGCGAUCGACAUCAAAAACCCGGCCCAGACAGAGCGAGAGCCGAUUCCGCGCGCAGGAGCGGGCCUACGUGCAAAAGCUCAGGCAAGACAAUGGCGGGGAAUACUUCUCGACAUCGUCCUACCAAAAUAUGGCGACAGGCAACGAUUCGGAUUCCGAGGGAGACACGCCCUCGACAGAGGGCCCAUUCGACGACCCCUACGAGCAAGAAACCAUCAUGUUCUAUGGAAACGACGACCUGCAACCCUCCGAGGAGGAUUUGCAGGAUGCCGAGUCACGGGAGCGCUUGGAGUGGCACGGCAUGCUGGAGGCUGUGUUGACGGGCGACGUGGUGCGGCAGGAGAAGAAGCGCCUCCACGGCUCCUCCGACGAAGCGGCGAGCAAGACGGCCCAGGUCUGGGAGAUGUGGCUCGGCAUCCGGUCCAAGGUGUGUGGGCGUCACCUGCCGGUGCAGAGGCGCAUGGUGGAGGAGGCACGCGGCGCCAUGGACCGCACCAUUGACGAGAUUAUCAACUUUUCGGUCAAGGGGCAGAGCGAAGUCGGGAAGCCCCCCCACGAGCAGGUCAAGGACAUUGUCAAGAAAAUUGAGAAGUGCGAGAGCCUCUACCCAUCGUGGCGACUGCUCGCCACCCGUCACAAGGCUGCCGACUCGCCCCUCUUCCACGAGGCAUACGACACCAUCCUGGCUUGGUACAACACGAACGAAAUGAUCAACACGGAGCUGGCGAUCCUGAAGAAAUGGGUCGGCAACGACGACCUUGACUUCCACCUGACCAAGCAGCGCUCGCCCGCGGUGAACGGCAUCAGCAGCGACGAGACCUCGUUCGUCGAUAGGCUCAUGAAGGAGGAUGGCCUCCAGUCGCUCUACAACGACACAGAAGGCUCUACGCAGCAGGGCAUGCUCCGGCCCAUCUCGGCUAUCAUCCAGAAAGCCAAGGAGACCCUCAUCAGCAACUCGGCUACAUUCUCGAAGCGCCACCUGCCUCCGUACCUGGAGGACCUCUUGACCCUCAUCAGCUUCCCGUCCCGCCUCAUUGAGGAGAUCACCAAGACACGGCUGGCGUACGCGAGACGGGUGAAGGAGACCGCCCAGCAGAACCCGUUGAUGCAAGGGCAGAUGAUUGCGCAGUUCCAGCUCCUCCUCAAAUUCGCGAUCCGUAUCAAGGGCGAGUUUCUGGCGAUCGCACAGCCCGAGCCUGGAUGGGACCUGCCCCCGUUCAUCGACGAGUCGCUGGACCAAGUUGUGCUGGACGCACUCAAGUACUACUUCAAGAUGCUGAACUGGAAGCUGAGCGGCAACAAGAACACGUUCAAGGAGGCCGAGCUGCUGUUCCAGGAGUGGGAUUUUGCCAACGACAUUGGCAACCACCUGCACCGGGGCAACAUCGAGGUGGCGGAGCAGUUUAGUUCGCUGACCUUCAAGGCCCUGAACCGUCUGAGCCAGACCUUUGAGAAGGAGCUGCAGGUCAAGCCCAAGGAGAGCCCGGCGGAGAUGAGCAAGCGCUACAAGGCGUGCCUGGACUCGGUGCGCAUCCGACAGCGUAUGCUGCAGCGGUUUACCAAGACGCUGAGCAACAACUACGAGAAUGCGUCCGACUGGAGCAUCUCCUUCUCGCCCGAGCGCAUGCGUAAGUUCUAUGACCAGCUGGCGGCGACGGGGCACUUCCACGUCAACACGAACCUCUUUGAGGCGGACGGGCUGUUCGUCGUGGCCUCGCCCGAGCUGCGCGACCGGCUGGACGACAUACCGGAGAUGAUGGCCGUCACGAACAUGGAGCGGUUCCCCGAGGAGUUUGAGGAGCACUACCUCCUAAUCCUGCGGCCGGAGGACACGUUCAACUGGUUCAGCGAGACGGUGACAGUGCCGCUGCAGUGGCAGAGCCUGGACAUUAAGGUAGGCCAGGCCCGCCUCUGCGCCGUCUCCUCCAAGGCGCUGCCCAACGCGCGCAAGGCCUUCCUCGAGGCCGUGGACAUGCACGUGGAUCUGGUCCAAGAGUCCAGGCCCACCAUUCAAAAGGUCCACACGAAGCUCAUGGAGAUCCGCAGGGUCAUGUACAGGCUGUCCAACACGUUCAUGGACAGUGUGGAGGCCAUCCGCCGGCAGGUCCAGGGCAAGGGCUGCCAGGAGCUGGUGCAGACGUGCUUCCUGUUUGCGACCGAGUUUGGGCGUCGGUCGCUGGUGGCCAUGGACAGCAACCGGCGGCAGAUGAACAACCUGAAGCUCACCAAGCUGGCGCUCGACUGGGUCAGCUUCAUCUGCGACGACUGCAUCGCGUCGGACCGCAAGACCUUUCGAUGGGCCGUGCAGGCGCUCGAGUUUGCCAUGGGCAUGACCCACGGGCGGCACAUUCUCGCGCUCGGCGACCCUGAGUAUGCGUUGCUGCGUGACCGCGUGGCCGGCUGCAUGUCGCUCCUCAUCUCGCACUUUGACAUUAUGGGGGCGCGCUCGAACCUGGCGGCGCAGGCGGAGAAGGACAGGAUCGAGGCCCUCGUCGGGCAGUUCAGACGGCUGGAUAAGAACAGGAUGCUGGACGACGAGGAGGCGUCCAGGUGCAUCACCGAGGCGCGGCUCGAGGAGCUGGAGAGGCUGGACAGCUUCCGGCGCGAGAAGGAGGCGGAGCGGCAGGCGCUGGGCCGGGUGCUCGAGACGAACACGGAGGCUGAUCGCUCGCUCGCGUACCUGUCGUCCUCGGCCACCAACAUUACGAUGCGCUGGCAGCAGGGCCACUUUGUGGGCGGGGGGACAUUUGGCAAUGUGUACGCGGCUAUGAACCUCGACUCUGGCCAUCUGAUGGCAGUCAAAGAGAUCCGACUGCAGGACCCCAAGCUCAUCCCGACCGUUGCGGAGCAGAUUCGCGAGGAGAUGGGUGUCCUUGAAGUGCUGGACCAUCCCAAUGUGGUAUCCUACUACGGCAUCGAGGUGCACCGCGACCGCGUCUACAUCUUUAUGGAGUUCUGCUCGGGUGGCUCGUUGGCCAAUCUGCUCGAGCAUGGCCGCAUCGAGGACGAGCAGGUCAUCAUGGUGUACGCGCUACAGCUGCUGGAAGGUCUCGUGUAUCUGCAUGAGAGCGGCAUUGCCCAUCGGGAUAUUAAGCCGGAGAGUGAGUUCCCCCAAGGAUAUGUCCAUCGAGAGAGAGUAUCCGUCGUCGCUAACGCUGUCGCUAGAUAUCCUGCUGGACCACAACGGCAUCAUCAAGUACGUGGACUUUGGCGCUGCCAAGGUUAUUGCCCGGCAGGGGCGCACCCUUGCCGCCGACGUGACGGCGACGAAGCCGAACAAGUCGAUGACGGGCACGCCCAUGUACAUGUCGCCCGAGGUGAUCAAGGGCGAGAACCCCGGACGGGCCGGGGCGGUCGACAUCUGGUCUCUGGGCUGCGUGAUCCUGGAGAUGGCGACGGGGCGCCGACCGUGGGCCAACCUCGACAACGAGUGGGCCAUUAUGUACAACAUUGCGCAGGGCAACCCGCCGCAGCUCCCGUCGCCGGAGCAUCUCAGCGGGUCAGGUAUCGACUUCCUCAAGAGGUGCUUUGCGCGGGAUCCCAAGCGACGGUCGUCGGCCAGGGAGCUGCUCCAGCACGAGUGGAUCAUGACCAUCCGCAACCAGGUGGUCGAGCCCGCCACGCCGAGCGACGGCAGCAGCUCGAUGCAGUCGACGCCCAUCACGUCGUCGAGCAGGAGCAGCGCGGGCGCGGACGGGUUUUACUAGAAGACGAAAUCGCUGUACCGCUCCUCGCUCCUGGCGACAUGGAGCCUACGGGACGUCGAGGCCGCCGCUGCAGCACGCCGCACAGCCGAAUGAAACGAUCCCCUGAUGAUCAUGACCAUGAUCGGGGUAUAUACGAUACAUGCAGAGAUGGCAUACAUACGCCCGCCUCUAUGUGUCUAUCGUCUUCUUUUCUUUUUCUUUGUCAGCAUUGGACUGGAGCAACCAGUAGCGCGUGGUCUCUGCCAGGGCCUGCAUAGCACAUCAUCCAUCAGCAUGGCGUUCGUUGAUAUCGGGAGUUUGUUGGCGUUGGGCACGUGCGUCAUGAGAAUACAUACCUACCUGCAUGCAUGGCAGAAGACGCGCCGUAUAUGACGAUACACCAUGCGGGAAGAUACAUAUAUACAUAUAAUAGCAACGAACGAACAUUGGACGCAUCCGGAGUGCACUGGCGUUGUGUGUGGGAGUCGGCAGAGACGGAUGGACGGGCGACGCCGCAUUCCGCCUGUCUGCCGUAGGGUAAGUCAAACCAAGUCA